AUUAAUAAAUUUAAAAAUGCGCGUUUCAAAGAAUAUUGAUAUUGCUGAAUUCCAAAAAUGUGGAGAAAUUAUGGUGGCCGCCAAAAGAAACAAAUUUGCCAUGGCCUGUAAUUUUUGCCAGCAGACAUUUACACAAUUGCAGGCUUUUAUGCGGCACUUGCAGCUGCAACAUAAUGAUGAAUUGGAAUUUGUUAAACAGGCCAAAGAGGUGGAGGUAUAUGCGGUUGAAGAACUAAUGAAUCAAACAACGGCGUCAUGUGCACCAGAUACUGAAAGUGAUGAAUCUAAUAUGACUGGAGAAGACACCAAAUGGUUGAGCGCAGUAGAUAUGAAAUGGUUGAAACAAGGUGUAGCACCUGGGAAAGAACUACAAGAGAAUGAAGUGGUAAAUAAAAGUAAGGAUGACACUAGAGAUGAAGAUGAUCUGGGCUUGGCUAAUAUGUCCAUAUUGAGGGCUUUAGAAGAUUGUGAUGUAUCUUUUAAUCUGAUGGACAGUCCAAAUAAUACCGGAUGUUCUGAAGAGGAGAAGGAAAAGAAAUCUGAAGACGAUAAUGAUCUAAAUAACACGUUAUUGAGAGAAAUACAAAAUGAAUGGGAAGAUAGUGAUACUAAUGAAAGCAUUUUGAAAAGAAUUGAUUGUACUGAUACUGACAUUGCAAAUUCUACAAAACAUCUCAUAGAUUUAAGUACAGAGUUUGAUGCUGAUGUUACCAUGACGGAAAUGCCAACCAAUAGUACAUGUAUAGAUAACAAACUGGAUACCACAGCAGAUAGUUUUGAAACUUCUCCGUGUAAUGGUAUAAAAAAUCUAUUGCAAGGUUUAGAGGACUUGGAUGAUGUGGAUAGUUUAUUGGAAAAUUUAGAAAGUAAUUUAACUUCGCAGAAAACUAAUCAAGAACAAGUGAAUUUGAAAGUUGAGAAAAAAAUUAUAAAAAAUUGCAAAUUAAACGGUAAUCAAAAAAUUAAAUCCUCUAAAAUCAAUACAAAUAUUAAAGAAAAUUUAUCUAAAGCCAAACAUUUUACGCAAAAACUUAAAGAAGAAGCUGAAUCCAAUAUAUUAAAUAAUUUUGAGAAACGUUUAAAACAAAUGGAGCUUGAUUUAGAUGUUGAUAUUUCUAGCGAUUUUAAUAUUGAAACUAAAAAUUCUAAAUCAAGCAAAGUUCCUAAAAAGAUUCAUAAACAAAAUAAUGAUUUCGCUUCAAAAUUAAAAUACUUGGAAGAUUCUUUGAAUGAAUGUACACAGCAAGAAGAGGUAAGCAAUACAAAACAACAUGCUAAUAGAGGCAAAAAUAUCAGACAAGGUUCUGGUGAUAAAUUUGAAAAUAAAGAAAAUAGCAAUGAAGCAAUUCUUACCAGUUUUGAAGAGCAAUUAAAGAAUUUAGAAGAAUCUUUAAAUGGAGGUCAAAUUGACGUUACGGUUAAUACAGAAUCUUUAGAAGAUAGUAGCUCAAAUACUUUAAACAAUUCCGAGCUAAAUGAAGACCUAACAACAGCUUUAGCUGAUCCCGAAAAAUGCUUAAAUGGAGCUGAAAUGUUCGACAAUGUUAAUACAGAAUCUUUGGAAGAUAGUAGCUCAAAUACUAUAAACAAUUCCGAGCUAAAUGAAGACCUAACAAAAGCUUUAGCUGAUGCUUUAGGAGAAGAAGAUUUUGAUUUGUUUAAUAUAAAUAUACCGCCAGAAGAGGAAAAUGAAGAACAAUUAAAUCAAGAUAUAUUAAAUUUGCUAAGUAAAGAAUUAAUGGAGAAGGAAAGUGAACAACAGUUAACAAUACAACAAGAAAAGCAGACUGUAAAUGCAAUUAAAGAAUUGAAAGAGAAUAAAAUAAAGAGUUCUAAUAAACAAAGAAAAUCUUUAAUUUCUGCCAAAAAUAAUAUAAAAUCAAAAUACCAAAAAACAAACUUAAAAGCCAAAACUAAACUAUCUGGAACAAACAUCAAAAAUGUAUUAAAUUCUCCCAAACUUUUAACAUUAAAAGAAAACAACACAUUUAAGGCAGCCAACACAAUAAAAGAAUCGCUUAUACCUCUUAAAGGAAACCAUGAGAUAUUUUUGCAACAACAGCAAAUAUCCGUGAAUUAUUUAUUACAAAGUCCAGCCAAAACUGCAACCAUUGAAAAUAUUAAUGGAAAAAUAAUAAACAACUCAAGGCAAAGGAAAACCCCCAAUAAAGAAAAUCAGGAAAAUAAUACGCCUGACUUAAAUAUACGAAAUAUAAAAAAAGAAAAAUUAACACCUGCUACAAAUUUUAUAAACACGGAUAGAGGAGAUAAAACUCCUUUAAAAAGGGAGCAAAUAUUUUUGAAACAAAGUCCAAAAACACAAGAAAAACAAGAGACAGCAAAAAGUAAUGUAACUCCCAAAAGAGGUGACAAAACUCCGCAAGAAAAAAAAGUAAAACAAAGUCCCAAAACCCAAGAGAAAUUGGAGAAAUUAAAUACCCAACAGACACCACCAGCACCGCUUCAGAGAACUCCUAAAUUGACAAGAACAGAAGUCAUAAAACAAUCUCCUAAAACACAAGAAAAACUUAAUAAAUCUCCUCAAAAUAAUAAAACCCCCAAAACACCAGAAAAUAAGUCACCAAUUUACAAAGAGCCCAAAAGCAAAAGCCCCUUAAAAGGCGCCACUAGAUCAAAUGAUAAACUAAAAGCAAAUCCAACCACAUCUCCCAAACAAAUAACUACACAAAAUUCAAAUGGCUCAAAUUAUAAUCAAGCUAGAACUCCUCUAACAACACCGCAAAGGCUAAGAAAUGUGGCCAUAAAAUUGCAAAGAUUUACCCCAGAUAAAGCUACACACAAAUUAACAAAACAAGAACAAAAAUCUUUAGAAUCAGCACCAUCCUCUAUCGCAAACAACACAGAACAAAUAAUGAAACAGUUUAAAUUACCCAGUGGUAUAAGCUUAACAAAAAUAUCCCAACAGUGCACUCCCCAGGAGGACAAUAAAUCUGAAAUUAUAGAAACUCCAGUAAAACCUACUUAUUGUCAACAAAAUUUUUCAGAAUCCAGCUUGGAAUCAAUUCAACAGGAAGAGCCUCAAAGUAAAUGUCCUAUUGAAAUUCAAACCACUCUCAUACAACCACAAUGUGAAACUAUAAACAAACUAAAGACAGAAGCAAACUCAAAACUCCGGCAACGUAAAGCCUCUAUAGAUAUUGUACCAGAGAAAAUCCAACCAAAUAAUCAGUCGUCAGGCAACAAAACUCCCCGACAUAGUAAUUUAGAUUACAAAAGUUAUACUGUCAAUCGUUCGGCCCGCAAAAAAGAAGUAUUACAACGUAUGCGUCACAUCAAAAAACAGAUAUUUAAAUCAAUAGAAGGUGGCGAAUGUGUGACUAAAGUGAAACGUAUGAAAUCUCCUCUCAUUACACAGCAGAAAAAACGCAAAGUUCUUAUAGAAAAUGUACAAAUACUACCUAAUCUUCAGAAGGAAUCAUUGACACCUUUAAUAAAUCCAUUUAAUAUGUUUAAAAAACCUUUUGAAAACACUGCUGCUAGACCAAAGUCAAAUUCUGUUUCACCCAAAAAUUUGGCUGAUGAUCAGAAGCAAGCCAAAGUCACAUUACAGAGUUCUAAGAAUGAAUCGUCGAUAAAUGACGAUGAAAAGUUAAUUAAGAAAUCAUUGAAAAGACCUGCUACCUCACCGUUGCUAAAUGAAGAUAAACAGAACAAGCGUCAGUAUAGAGCACCGGCGAAGAAGCCAAUUCAGGCUGUAGAAAAAACAUCGGAAUUGGAAGCAACACAAUUGGAUCUUUCGGAAAGUGUUGUGGACUUUUUACAGCGCGAUUUAAAAGCAAAUCGUUUAAAUGUUGAAAGUUUCCUUAAUGAAGAUAUGCCAGUGGAUGAUAGUUCUCCUGCUGAAACGUCUAUAGAAUCGAAUACAAAAGAAGAAAAAAUUCAAGGAAAUCCUAAAGAUGAAGAAAGCACCAGUAAUAGUACUUUAAUAGAUGAUUUAUUAGAACAAGUGGAUAAUGAAAAAGACGCAAAAGAAAAUGCCACAGAUAAGGAUAAAACAUUAAAUGGCUCGGAUAAAAAUAUAGAUUUUGAUUAUAUUAAAGACAUUAAUUUAUUGGCAAAAUUUGGUUUAAAAGUUAUAAAAUUACCUGAAAUCGAAGAUGUUAUAUCUUUGGAGGAACGUGAUGAAAUGAAUGAAAAAGCUAUGAAAUUUUCUAAUAUGUAUAAAUAUUGGCAAAAAAUUUGGUCAACGAAAUAUGGUGAAUCUCCUACAACAAAAGAACAAUUGGAUAUAUGUUUCAAGCAGCUCUUAACGGAAUUAAAUCUAUCAUUCAAAUUGGAUUUGAGCCUUAUCGAACUUAAACGCUUAGUAAAUCUUAUAAACAUCUGGUAUUCACAUAAUUUCAAUGGUAAACUUAUUGAAAAGCAAAAAAUCUCCGACUCCACAAAUCGCUAUUUACUGAUGUUUCACUAUAUACCCAAGACUAUUAAACGUUUGUAUUAUUGUGAGUAUUGUGAGGAAUAUUUCAAUACCGAACAUAAAUAUUUUACACAUCGUAUCGUUCAUACUGGAGCCUUAUAUGCCUAUACAUGCCAAAAAUGUUCUAUUGGUUUUAAAACUGUAAAAUCUUUAAGAACUCAUGAAUCCUCAUGUGAUUUUAAGAAUUCUGCUGACUUUAAGCCAUUAAAAAAGACUUAUGAGUUAUCAAAUACACGAGCUCACAGUUGUUCGAUAUGUAAGGAGAUAUUGCCAACCUCUGAACUAUUGUAUGAACACAGUAAGAAACAUUUAAAAACUAUUUACAAUUGUGUAAAAUGUGCACUAGUAUUUGCCUCAGCCAUCGAUGUACAUAAUCAUAUGUCUGUUUGUAAUACAAAUGAGAAACGUAUUCCCAAACAAUGUACCCCAAGGCCAACUAAACCAAAAACCGAAUCAUACUCUAAGAACUGAUUUAGCUUAAUAGAUUUUAUACAUACAUACAUUUAAUAAAUUAUACAAAGAGUGUAUAAUAUA